GGCUGCGACGCCGCCGGUCAGCCGUGAGGCUGACGGCGGUAGCCGGUGCGUGUUCGCAGCCGGGCCUGGGCAGCGGCGGCGUCCUAGGAACUCGCGCAGCGUCCGCGGACUCCGGGGCGGGGGCUGCGGCAGCGAAGCCCCCUCCCCGGGGAGGCGGGGCUUGGGGGAGCUCCCCAGUAGGGGAGCGGUGGCGGCCGGGGAGGAUGCAUCAGAAGCUGUUGAAGAGCGCGCAUUACAUCGAGCUGGGCAGCUACCAGUACUGGCCAGUCCUGGUGCCCCGCGGCAUUCGCCUGUACACCUACGAGCAGAUCCCCGUGUCCCUCAAGGACAACCCAUACAUCACCGACGGCUACCGGGCUUACCUCCCCUCCAGGCUGUGCAUCAAAAGUUUGUUUAUUUUAUCUAAUGAGACAGUAAACAUCUGGAGUCAUCUGCUGGGUUUCUUUCUCUUCUUCACACUGGGGAUAUAUGACAUGACAUCUGUGUUACCCUCGGCAAGUGCCUCCAGAGAAGAUUUUGUGAUAUGUUCUAUUUGUCUUUUCUGCUUCCAGGUCUGUAUGCUUUGCUCUGUGGGCUAUCAUCUUUUUUCCUGCCAUCGAUCAGAAAAAACCUGUCGAAGAUGGAUGGCAUUAGAUUAUGCAGGAAUUUCUAUUGGGAUACUGGGCUGCUAUGUCUCUGGAGUAUUUUAUGCAUUUUAUUGUAAUAAUUAUUGGCGUCAAGUGUACUUGGUCACAGUGCUUGCUAUGAUCCUGGCAGUGUUCUUUGCGCAGAUUCAUCCCGAUUACCUCACACAGCAGUGGCAGAGGCUUCGUUCCAUCAUCUUUUGUUCUGUUUCGGGAUAUGGAGUGAUUCCUACACUUCACUGGGUUUGGCUCAAUGGAGGAAUAGGUGCUCCUAUUGUACAGGACUUUGCACCCCGUGUGGUUGUGAUGUACGUGAUCGCUCUUCUUGCUUUCCUAUUCUACGUUUCCAAAGUUCCAGAACGCUACUUUCCAGGACAACUAAACUACCUCGGUUCGAGCCACCAAAUAUGGCACAUCCUUGCAGUAGUGAUGUUAUAUUGGUGGCAUCAGUCAACAGUGUAUGUCAUGCAGUACAGACAUAGCAAGCCUUGUCCAGACUAUGUUUCCCACUUGUGAAUUCAGGUAUGGCCACCUGGUGUAUUCAGUUGUUAAGCAAUAUGUAACAGGGAAUUGUAUACCCCAAUAUUUCUAAAAUUCCCUUAGUUUUUCGUUUUUCCUGUUUAAUAUCUUAUGAGUAAUACUUUAUAAAAAUGGGAAAAAUAUACUUCUGGAUCUGUAAAAGUAACUGCUUUACAGGCCCUUUAAACUACUAAUUUGCUGCUUCUACAGAAAGUGAAAAUUAGUUGGCAUUCAAAAGAAACAUCUGAAUACCAAUGAAUGUGAAACCAGUGUAGAAAUAGUAUUCAUUUCACUUAACACCAGCUUAAUUUCCUUAGGAAGGGCUCACCUCCAUUAUAAAAUGGAGUCAUCCUGUGUGAUUACUUUAAUUGAAAGUAUUUACAGUUAGAUGAUCAAGUUCAAGUGCCUAAUCAAGGCGAGGGUUGCAAUAGCCUAUGCUUAACACAAGCGAGGACAGUGAUUUCGAGUCAUCACUAGCCUUUAAAUAUGUGGUUUGUGAGAAACUGGCACAUAAGAUACUUUCUUUAGCUGUGGGUUCUCUUCUCCCUAGGAACAUGGAUUUUUUAGUUUGCUAGAACAAAAAUUAUAAACCUCUUCUCUAAGUUGAAAGAGGUGUUGAGAUGAGGAAAAGAACUUGCAUUAUUAUUUCCCAUCAGAUAAGAAUGACAUUAAAAACUGACUACAUGAUCAAGGUGACAGAUCCUAUAGUCUGAUAAGUAAUUAGCCAUUUAAGCUUUUUAAUUUCAAAUAUUAAGUUCAUUUAAUAAUUGAACUUUUGUCAGCGGAUUGCAGAUUUAUGGUUCCAAAUCCCUGAAGCAGAAGAGCUUUCCCCUCUCUGAAUUUGCAGUCCUAAAUGUCCUGACGAUGGGUUCCCAGCUAUAUGGGUGCUACCUUCAAGGCCAUCGAAUCCAGAUGGCCCAGUCUUGACCCUGAAAUGAACCUUAAGCCUUAGAACAAAGUCACGCAGAUGCCCCCUUCGAUGGCAGAUUAUUCACCUAUGUUCUGAAACAGUAAAUUGGCAUUUUAUUGUAUAUACUUAAAAAAAGGAUCUCAAUGCCCCAUCAUACAACAUAACACUCUUGUUCUCUAGGGUUUUUUUUUUUCAUACGCCUCAAUUAAAUCUCUUAAAGCAGUCACUCAUAAAACCAUGUUGUUUAUUGGAACAGAAAAUAUUACCCAAGUUUCUUAAUGGGUUGACAUGAGCUGCUUUAGAUAUUGGUGUAUCUUGACGACCUUGAAAUUACUAAAUAUUAGAAGCGUUGAUCGACCAUGAAGCUUAUUCCCAAAAUGCCAUUUGUACAUACGAUAUUAGGAAUGUUAAUUCAAUGUGCCUCAGUUCAUGCAUCUAUAAAAUUUUGUACUUUUUCCAGUGUAGUAUUUUUGGAAUAUAGAUUCCUCCAUGCUAGUAUCUCAGCAAGGAAAAUUUUCCCCAGUAAGCCAAGGACACACUGUAUUAUGAUGGAACACUACCUUGAAGAAGGCUGUUUUCUCUUAGGCCACAGAUUUGACUCAUGUGCUAAAUAAUAGAAGACUUUGAUGUAAUGAUAUAUUUUCUCUGUAACAUCCCUUAUUGGCUUACAUGGUAUUACUGCUUUUAAAUAGAUAUUUUGUCAUUUUGGCCAAAUAGACUCUUUACAAUUAAUUUUAAAAUGAUGGAGAAGUCUAGUUAUUUUAGGUCUGGCACCAUUUUUGUUAUAAAAUCAUCUCAAAAACUUAUUGAAAGUUAAGUUUUAUCUUAAUUUUAAAAAAUAUUCCUUUCUUUGUCAGUGUAUGAUUUAGCACUUGUCAUCUGAAUAGAUAAAAAGAGCAUAAUGUGUUUAAGACUGUUCUUUGAAUUUAAAAGGUCUGACUAUAAGAAUUACACCAUGUAAACAUUUCGUCUUUUCAAGAAAGUGUUAAAUAUUGUAAAGAAAGCUAUCCUUUUUCAUUCUUACCUUUACUAUGAUGUAUUUAUUAUAAUGUAGGGAAUGAAUGAAUGCGGGUUGCUGUCAACUCUAAACAUUUCUGUAUAUCAGCAUUUACUGACCACCUACUGUGUGCAUAUCACUACUGGCAAAAUUUUUAAGACAUUGUUAACAUUAAGUAACUAUUUAAAAUUGCCUACAAAUCUGAGCCUGUAAUGUAUAUUUAUUUUUGUUUUACUAGAUUUAUUAAAAGUGCACUAUUCAGCUACCGUACUAAAAAGUUUGCUUUUCAUUUUGCCAAUGUGUAAACUAUAAAAGCUCUUUCCUGAAGGACUUUACAUUUUAAAAUUAUCCAUCGCUGUUUUAAAUUGUCUAUAGUGAUUUAUAAGGUUGUAGUUAACUCAUUUAAGAGACGAUUAUCUUUCUAUAUAAAGGCAUUUUUAAAUAGCAAGAUAGUGCUUGUCUUUGUCAUUCAACUGAGUGCAAUUCGCAAGCUGCAUGGCAAAAUGUUUUUA